AUGCACCAAACAACAGCACUAUCACAGUUAGAUGAUGCCAUCGAGGCCUCCGAGCUCUUAAUGAGCGUUGCGCCGAUCCGCUUCAUCACCAUCGGAGGCAUGCUGGCCGUGUCGCUCUUUGGCAACCGCUCCACCACCAAAGACAUCGACUUCCUCCUCGACCCGAGCGUUGAUGCCGUCGACGAGUACCGCGCCGAAGUCCUCAAGGUCAUCCGCGGCGUUGCCCGCAAGUCCGGCUUUAGCAACAACUGGAUGAACGACGAGCUGCGCAUCUUCAUUGGCGGCACCAAACGCCUCAACCUCUUCCUCCAGUCCGUCAAGCAGGGUGUCAUUGCCUACAAGGGCCGCAACAUGACCAUAUAUGCCGGCCGUCUCGACUUCGCCCUCGAACGCAAGCUCCGCCGCCUCAACGAGAAACUCGGCCGACCCCGCGAGCUCGAUCUCUCCGAUGCCGUAACACUUGUCCACUGGCUGAAGCGGGACGGACAUCCCCUCAGCCUUGCAUACGUCAGGAGCCUGGAUGAGAAUGGCCUGGGCCUCCCCGUCGGCGACGCCGGCAUUGACGCGACAGCACGCGAGUAUUUGGCCGUGUACGGCACCCAGGGCAUUGUCGAGAUGACGUGGGAUCCCCUCGUACAGCGCGCGCGCUACCACAACUUGAAUAACGAGGCUGUCUUUAUCUAG